AUUCAGUGCUCUAGUGAAGUGUUUAAUAACUAAAAAAAAAAAGUGAAAAAUGUCUGGUCGUGGUAAAGGUGGCAAAGUUAAGGGAAAGGCAAAGUCCCGUUCAAACCGUGCUGGUUUGCAAUUCCCCGUCGGUCGUAUUCAUCGUUUGUUGCGUAAAGGCAAUUAUGCUGAACGUGUUGGUGCCGGCGCUCCAGUAUAUUUAGCUGCCGUUAUGGAAUAUUUGGCCGCUGAAGUUCUUGAAUUGGCUGGUAAUGCUGCUCGUGACAACAAGAAGACCAGAAUUAUCCCUCGUCAUUUGCAAUUGGCCAUCCGUAAUGACGAAGAAUUGAACAAAUUGUUGUCUGGUGUAACCAUUGCCCAAGGUGGUGUUUUGCCAAACAUUCAAGCUGUACUUUUGCCCAAGAAAACAGAAAAGAAGGCUUAAAUUAUUCGAAA